CGCGCUUUUGAAAGUGAAAAGGAUCUCAGUGUCAACGACUGUUGGCGAGUGUUUCGGCUUUCUGGCGGGACGCUGAAGUGGUCGUGGGAUCUUGUUGGGGGACACUGGGUACCAAUUUGAAGACAUUCUUGGCCUGGACUUCUCGCCAGCCGGAUCUCUUUCUAUCCGGAGUGUGACUGCGGCGGACUGCGGCGACCUGCGGCUCUAGUCCUAGAGUGAUUAUUACGAUGGAAGAAGUCAGUAAUUUCAAGACACCUAGCAAAUUAUCUGAAAAAAGAAAAUCUGCAUUGUGUUCAACUCCGUGUAUAAGUAUCCCUGCCUCCCCGUUUAUGCAGAAGCUUGGCUACGGCACAGGGGUAAACGUCUACCUUAUGAAAAGAUCUCCAAGAGGCUUGUCUUACUCUCCUUGGGCUGUGAAAAAGAUUAAUUCUAAAUGUAAUGGUCAUUAUCAAACUAUGUAUCAAAAGAGGCUAACUGAUGAAGCUAAGAUUUUGAAAAGCCUUCAUCAUCCAAACAUUAUAGGUUAUCGUGCUUUCACUGAAGCCAGUGAUGGUAGUCUGUGUCUGGCUAUGGAAUACGGGGGUGAAAAGUCUCUAAAUGACUUAAUAGAAGAACGAAAUAAAGACAGCCAAGGUCCUUUUCCAGCAGCCAUAAUUUUAAAAGUUGCUUUGAACAUGGCAAGAGGGUUAAAGUAUCUGCACCAAGAUAAGAAAUUGCUUCAUGGAGAUAUAAAGUCUUCAAAUGUGGUCAUUAAAGGUGAUUUUGAAACAAUUAAAAUCUGUGAUGUAGGAGUCUCACUACCACUGGAUGAAAAUAUGACAGUAACUGGCCCGGAGGCUUGCUAUAUUGGCACUGAGCCUUGGAAACCCAAGGAGGCUUUGGAGGAGAAUGGCAUUAUCACGGACAAGGCGGACAUAUUUGCCUUUGGCCUUACUCUGUGGGAAAUGAUGACUUUGUCUAUUCCACACAUUACUCUUUUGGACGAUGAUGAUGACGAUAAAACUUUUGAUGAAAGUGACUUCGAUGACGAAGCGUACUAUGCGGCUUUGGGAACUAGGCCAGCUAUUAAUAUGGAAGAACUGGAUGAAACAUACCAGAAAGUAAUUGAGCUCUUCUCUGUAUGCACUAAUGAAGAUCCUAGAGAUCGUCCUUCUGCUGCACACAUUGUCGAAGCAUUGGAAGUAGAUGUCCAGUGAGCUCAUACUCCCAACUACCUGAGCUUCAAGUAUGGCUUAUGUGUAUAACUGUUCUGUUUAUUAUAUUUAUGUAGUUACUAUGAUAAUCCGUAAUUAUUAGACUCUUUGAGAGUGGCCUAUUUUAGAACCAUAGCACCUUGUUAACAUUUGAAAACUAUUUCUAUUAUAAAGGUAUUUCAUGUGAUCAGCAUGUGAUAUCAUAGUGGGUUUUCUGUAAAUAUAAAGUUUAAGAAACUAUUUUGAGUUUAUAAGUAUUGAAACUUACUCAUAGAGAUUUAAAAUGAUAGCAAUAUUUGUGUAACAUUAAUUUGGGUAGAGUAACCAAUAACUAUUAAUGAUUUUAAAUAUUCUAUUUAAUGGAUCUAUUUAAAUUAGCACUUUGCAGUACAAAAUGUGUCUACAUUUGCUUAUCUUCUAAAACAUUAAACUUUACUGUUCUUCCUGGGCUGUUGUACUUAUUUAAUAUGGUUUCUGGGAGCUGAGAGACUGUGGCUCAAAAGAGUAGCUCCUUGGGUGUUUCCAGACACUCUCGGCGAAGGCUUGUCUUGCCCUCCCAGUUCUCCCCAGAUCUUUGGUCUUUGCUUUCAUUUAUUUAAUGUAUUUUCUGUACUGAGAUCCCUUUUUUACUUAAUCUAAAGCUUAAGCAUUUCACAGUUCUGGUGUGUAAAAACAGUAAAACUAAUAGUAUAAUAGAAAAUAAAGGAGACUUUAGUUACCAGAA